AUGGGGGAGGAUGCCGCCCCCGAGAAAGCGGACAGGGACCCUAACAUGCCGUGCCAUUUCUGCGCGUAUCAGUUCUCGGGCUUUGGGCGUCCAUGGUCGAUGUCGCCGCGGAUUGUCCUUGAAGAAGCUCACAUCUUUGGGGUGUCGACAACCAAGAACGGCCUCGCUCCCGCGAGCGCAGAUGAGCCGGCGAUCUGUCUCCCAUCGCUGGAGCCAGCUAUUUCGGCCUGGGUCAGCACGAACCUGAACACCCUAGCCGUCGUCCUCUCCAGGACCAUGCCUGCGUACCUCUUCAUCAUCGUGGUCGAGAUCGGGCGAGAUCUUGAGCCAGGCGCGCCGAUUCCUGUCUACCGGGCCGAAGUCACCCGCCGAUGA